UUGCCCCUUUCAACCCAGUUUGUAAACUUUGCUAAAUCUUUGAUCUGAUUUGCCAGCUUCAUUUGUUCCCUUGGUUGGGGACUCUGGUGUCUGUUGCUAUAACCCAAACUCUCUUAUCCUUGGGGUGAGUUUUGGGAAUAAACACAUUUUGCAAUAUUUUCCAGAAAUUGGGAAUAAAGUUGGAUACUUUUUUCACUCUGUCAUAAGCCACCGAAAAUAAGAAAAGACCCCUUGUUGAUUGACUUGUGAAAGCGGGAAAUAAAAUUUUCCACGAGUCUUAUUCGGGUGAUUUUCUUUCCACAGAGGUUUAAAUUCCACACCACUACCACCCACCAGAUGAAACACUCCACUAAAUCACUCACAUCACAACGUAACCGCCACUUUUCAUCGUUCACACUCAUCUCUUUUCUUUUUCUCUUCUCUCUCUCUAACCAUGACAACGUUGGAGAUCACUGUUAUGUCCGCUGAAGGUCUGAACCAACACUCUUCCUACUUCAACCGCAUCAGACCCUUCUUCACUCUCACCAAGCUCCCCGCACACCUCCUCUACCACUACGACGGAGGAGGCACAGGGGACCACGUCUUCCGCGUCCCACUCGAUCCAACCUUCUUCUCCGACACCUAUUCCCGCCUCCACCUCCACCUCUACAACAACCGCCGCUUCGUGGGGCCCACGCUCCUCGGAUGGUGUCUGAUUCCGCCCUCCGACAUUGCCUUCCCACCCUCUCAUUCCCUGCGCCACCUCAGUUACCGGUUACGGGCAAAAGACGGUUCCAAAACCCACCUCAUCCUCAAUCUUUCCCUCCGCUUCCAGGGCUCGCUCUACCCACUCCAUCCCGCCACGUGUCAGCCUGUCAUUGGAAUUCCCGUCACAGCGCUUCGCAAAUUUGGCAGCACCACCGCUGCCACCACCGUCAAUGUCAAUGAAUCGUAUACGCCAUCCACUCUCGUGCAAAGGUGUCGCUUCGUUCCUGAUAUGUAUCUCUUUGUUCCUAUUUCUGUUUAUCGACAAUUUUUUUUUUCAUAUUGUUAGUCUUUACUAAUUUGAUUUCAAUGGAUAUAAUUUUAUAAGUUCUUAAAGUAAGCUAACUCUA